AUGGCGCGUUUUGGCAGACAGGGGGCGCCCAAAGAAGACGGUGGCUCCUUUGUUAAAUGUGGGCGUGAGAGUAUGAAGGGCCGGUCUCUAGAGUAUUGGAGGAUUGUUGGCAAGCAUGGGAAGCCAGUGGAGGGGGGGUCACAGGCCAGGCUAACUAACAUGGGCAGACAGCUGUGGGUCCGGCGUGAGCAGCCGUUACUGCGGGGCCCACCCCUGCCCCUGGCCCCUCCGCCCUCUGAGCCCCUGGCCCUGACUCAACCUAUCAGACAAGGCAUGAGUGGUUACUUUGAUGCCAUUGCCCUGGCCUCGGACUACCGGGGUCUGGGUUUCAGGGAAUGUCUGGCUGAGACGGCCCGCUACCUGAGCAUUAUGGAAGGCCUGGACAGCACUGACCCCCUGCGGAUCCGCCUGGUCUCCCACCUGAACAGCUACGCCUCCCAGAGAGAGGCCCACUCCGUCUCUGUGUCUGGACUGGGCCACCUGGCAUGGGGCUCGGCUUUUGGGUCUCCCCCCUCCGCACACCUGGCCCACCACCUCCUCCUCCAGCAGCAGCACCAUCAACACCAGCAGGGGGCGACGUUACCGUUACCACGCAGCGCCUCCAACAGCUCUCCGUCAUCCUCCUCUUCUACUCCUUCUUCAUCCUCUUCUUCCUCCUCCUCGCCGAUAGAGAGAGAGCCUCGCUCCUCGCCCCAUGGCCAUGCUCCAGCAGGCUUAGCGGUGCCACCCCCCUCUCUGAGCACAGGCUGA